AUGGAUCAGCAGCUCAUCAAGACGGUCAACUUGCUCCAAGACGCGUUCGCGCAGUCUGGCCUGUCGACCUCGACCAUUGACUUGCCGCAGAUCGCCGUCGUCGGCUCGCAGUCCUCCGGAAAGUCCUCCGUGCUCGAGAACAUCGUCGGCCGCGACUUCUUGCCUCGAGGAACCGGUAUCGUCACUCGUCGUCCUCUCGUCCUCCAGCUCAUCAACCGUCCUGCAACGCCGAAGGCGAACGGUGAUGCCAAGCAGGAGGAGGGCUCGAAGCCGACGACCGACAAGGCGAGCAACCCGGACGAGUGGGCCGAGUUCCUCCAUCGUCCUGGAGAGAAGCUCUUCGACUUCAACAAGGUUCGGGAGGAGAUUGUCGCCGAUACGGAGUUGAAGACGGGAAAGAAUGCUGGCAUCUCGCCCGUCCCCAUCGGUCUCCGCAUCUUCUCGCCUAACGUCCUCACCCUUACCCUCGUCGACUUGCCCGGCUUGACCAAGGUUCCCGUUGGUGACCAGCCUCGCGACAUCGAGAUCCAGAUCCGCAACAUGCUUCUCAAGUACAUCCAGAAGCCCAACUCGAUCAUCCUUGCCGUCACCGCCGCCAACACCGACUUGGCCAACUCGGACGGUCUCAAGCUCGCGCGCGAGGUUGACCCCGAAGGACUCCGCACCAUCGGUGUCUUGACGAAGGUGGACUUGAUGGACCAGGGUACGGACGUCGUGGACAUCCUCGCCGGCCGCGUCAUUCCCCUCCGCCUUGGCUACGUCCCCGUCGUCAAUCGCAGUCAGCGCGACAUCGACAACAACCGCCCCAUCCACGCCGCCCUCGACAGCGAGCGCCAGUUCUUCGAGAACCACCCGAGCUACCGCAGCAAGGCGUCGUACUGCGGCACGCCGUACCUCACCCGCCGCCUCAACACGAUCCUCAUGCACCACAUCAAGGCGACCUUGCCCGACAUCAAGCAGAAGAUCUCGCAGAACUUGACGAAGUACGAGGCGGAGCUCGCGUCUCUCGGCGGACCGAACGGCGGCACGGACGGCAGCAGUGUCAUCCUCCAGAUCAUCACCGAGUUCUGUGGCGAUUUCCGCACCGCCAUCGACGGAUCCUCGUCGGACCUCGCGCUCAACGAGCUUUCCGGCGGCGCCCGCGUCUCCUUCGUCUUCCACGAGCUCUUCUCGAACGGCGUCAAGUCGCUCGACCCCUUCGACCACGUCAAGGAUGCCGACAUCCGCACGAUCCUGUACAACUCGUCCGGCUCGUCGCCCGCCCUGUUCGUCGGCACGACCGCCUUCGAGGUCAUCAUCAAGCAGCAGAUCAAGCGUAUCGAGGAGCCGUCGCUCAAGUGCGCGAGUCUCGUCUACGACGAGCUCAUGCGGAUACUCGCGCAGCUGCUCAACAAGAACACGGCGUUCAAGCGGUAUCCGGGCUUGCGCGACCGCUUCUACGGCACGGUUCAGAACUUUUUCCGCAAGCGCAUGGUCCCGACCAACAAGCUCGUCCAGGACCUCGUCGCGAUGGAGUCGAGCUACAUCAACACGGGCCACCCCGACUUCAUCUCGGGCCACAAGGCCAUGGCGAUCGUGUCGGAGCGCAUGAACCAGAACAAGCCGCAGAACGCAGGGCCGGCCGUCGACCCGAAGACGGGCAAGCUCGCGCCCGGCACGCUCAACAACGGCAAGGACCUCGACGUCGACCUCAGGCAGAAAGAGGAGGGCUUUUUCGGCUCGUUCUGGCCCGGCGGGAGGAAGAACCAGGCCAUUGCGCAGAAGAAGGGCGCGGCGGCCAUGGACGCGCCGCCGCCCGCGCUGCGGGCGACUGGCACCCUCUCGGAGCGCGAGCAGAUGGAGACCGAGGUCAUCAAGCUCCUGAUCUCGAGCUACUUUGCCUUGUCGAAGCGCACGCUCAUCGACAUGGUUCCCAAGGCCAUCAUGCUCAACCUCGUCUUCCACGCGCGCGACUCGAUGCAGCGGGAGCUGUUGUCGGAGCUGUACAAGACCGAGAUGAUCGAGGAGAUGCUCAAGGAGUCGGACAGCGUCGUCCAGCGAAGGAAGGAGUGUGUCAAGAUGGUCGCCGCCCUCAACAAGGCCGAGAGCAUCGUCGCGAGUGUUGCCUAG